UGUUCUUUUCAGCUGUACUGCUGAAUUGGUGCAAUAAGUUAGAGUGAGAAAAAAUAUACUUGUCUCACUUUAACUUAUUGCACCAGUUCUGCAGUUAGCUGAAAAGAACAGACCAUAUGUUUCAGUGGAUCGGGUCAAGAAGUGAUGGACAUAUAAGAUGGCCGAUCUCAAUAAGGAGUUGAACGAGUAUCUCCUCAGUAACAAAAAUGAAAAACAAUAUAAAAUCACCAUGCCCAUGGUAGCGAUAUCGAAAGCGAACUUUGGGAAAUGGUUCGGAAAGAGCGCUAAUGAACCAGAAGGUGACUCAGAAUGGAUGAAAGGGUUACAGAAUGAUUAUUGCCCUUCCAUGACAAAGACACAGAGGAUCGCAGCCUUUGCUGUAUGUAGCCUCCUAGGAACAUCAUGCUGGGGCCUGGCAAUGUUUCACAUACCUGUAUUGCUACUUAAAGCAAGAAAGUUUGCUUUGCUUUAUUCCUUAGGUAGUCUUCUCCUUUUAAUGAGCUCUGGUUUUUUAUGGGGACCAAUGAGCUAUACUAAAUCAUUAUUCAGAGCUGACAGGAGGUGUUUUACUGUAUCAUAUUUAACAACACUAGCUAGCACGCUUUAUUGUGCUCUAUAUUUGCAAUCAUCUACUUUGGCAUUUUUGUGUGCUAUUUUGCAUAUUAUAGCUAUGCUGUCUUUUUUGAAAUUCAUCAAAAAAAGAAUAGCUCUUUAUAAGAAAAUGUCGAUAAAAUAUAAAUAAGAAAAAAUAUCGAUAUAUUACCUUCAAAGCAAGAGCUGCUGUAGCAAAUCCAAUUGUUUGUAAUGAGACUGUUUUCAGGACAGGUAACAAAAGAAUAGGCACUUUUUUGUUCUGUGCCAUAACAACAAUGUGUUUUACUAAGAGAGGUGGUUCAACAUUGGCAUCUAAUAAAAUGCAACAUAUGUUGUUUUUCUCUAAAGCACGUGUAACUAUAUUGAUGCCCAAAAUUACAGACUUUCUAAAAUUUAUAUAUAAUUAGUUCAAUCUAAUUAAGGUUGAAACUACAAUUAGAAUUGCAAAUGCAAUAUUAUCAGAGUACAUUUACUUACAGUAAAUUGUUAUCAGGUUUGAUUUCUUUCUCUAAUAUCUCUUUUUUAGCUAAUAUACGUUUUUCUUUUGAGGUAUACCUUAACAUUGAUCCAGGAAUUUUAAAAUUUGGUCGUCUUAUCAAGGGUAAUAAUCUGCAAAAUAUUUGAAUACUUGUUACAAUAUUUUUCUAAAUUUUUUUUUUAUAACUAUGUUCUAAAAUAUACUUACUCAUUCAUGAGAGUUACUAGUGCUGGGUAUUGAUCAAUGUUUACAAUAGGCCUAAUAAGUAAAUUAUACAGUAAGUACAAAGCAUAAAUAUAGUGCAACCUCUGUUAGUAAAAUAUUAAUAUUUAACAUUAUUGUCACUCAGGCUUAAUGUACAUUUCGUAAUAUUGUAAUAUACUACCAGUAGUUUUCACAAGGUUGUGCCAAGAGAUUUCGUAAACCUUUGACAGGUCCUUUUUUGGCAGACAAACUCUGUCUUUGUUGCUUCUUUGUUAAUACCGGUGUAGCCAUGUAGACAAGUGUAUAUAUUUUUUAAUAUCCUUCAAUAUGAUUCAAUAAUAAAAUAGAAGUGUAUUUACACACGCGCCGGGAGAUAAGAUUUGUAAAAACUUUUGUAAAACUCAAUCAUUUGUAAGAUGUAAAAAAAUGAGAAAUUAAAUUUGAGUCAUACUUCA